AUGUCAGUUAGAUUGCUUCUCUUUAUUAAUGUCAAUAGUGGAGGAGGUCUAGGACAGACCCUUGCUGAUCACUUAGUCAGUGAUUCAACAAUUAAGAUUAUUAGACUUCCAAAAGAAUUUAACGAGUUCAAGAAACUCAAUAAGUCAAUUUUAUAUAAUAAAAACCUCAAAGUAGCUAUUGCCGGUGGCGAUGGAUCUGCAAAUUGGAUUGUACCCGAACUUGCUAAGUUUUACGGAUAUAAUUCAACGAGUUUUCGUCCACCAGUUGCCAUUAUACCUCUUGGCACAGGCAAUGACUUAAGUAGGACCUUAAACUGGGGAUCUUCAUUCAAUAUGAUUGAUUUCCUUGAUUUGGGCGAAAGGAUAAAAGCAAUCAAGAAUGGAGAGAUCGUUAAGAACAUUGACUUAUGGAAUGUUAACGUCAAUGAAACAGGAAACAUAGUUAAGGACUAUCCAAUGAUCAAUUACUUCUCUCUUGGCGUAGAUGCAAACAUCGCAAACGAUUUUGCAGAAACAAGAAUGAAUUAUCCAAUGUUGUUCUUCUCACAAGUAUUCAGUAAGCUCAUGUAUGUACCUCUUACACUCUUCUCCUUGUUUGGACAACCUUUCCUCCAUCAAUUCUUAUCUGGAUCGAUGAUUAUGAAGAACAACAAGCUGAAGAAGCUCCGUUUCAGAGAUGAAUCAAAGACAUUCGUUGUUCAGAACAUUCCUUACAUUUAUGGCGGUGCGGACCUCGUCAAAGAUAAAAAACACAGAUUUGUUGAUGAUGGAAACUUCGAAGUCAUUACACAAGGUGGAGCUCUUUCAUUAGGUGCUAGCCAUAUUGGAAUCAACCUCGGAAAACAGCUUGGACAAGCUCAUCAAUUGAAUUUACACUCAAAUAAGGAAAUGUGUUACCAAGUUGAUGGAGAAGCAUUCAAAACAAAAGGACCAACAUCAUUCAAGGUCGAACGUCUCAGAAAUUAUCCUUUCUUGUACGCUCCUGAACAUACUGGCCCAUUCUUUGGUUUGUAA